CCCUAGACCCCAACGCACACCCUUCAUCUCGCUUUAUACAGUCGAAUCCACCAACCGAUAGAAUGCCGACGACCAUGUCCACCCUGAUGUCCACCCUGCGUUGCGUGAACUUCGGACCUUUCAAGGACAAGACCAUCCACUUUGAAGGUCCCGUGACGACUCUGGUCGGCUCAAACAGGUCUGGAAAGACUAACCUGCUGAAGGCCGUUACCAUUGUGGCCUACCUGCUCUAUCACGCAUCCGACGAAAACGGGGUCCUCCAUUCCACCGCGGUGUUGAACGUGGAGGAGCUGUCCGUUCUCCGGAAGCUCUCCUUAAACGACGACUUCGGUUCGCUCUUCCGCCAGGGAGAGAACUUCGAUCGUUUCGAGGCGCGCUUUACGAACGGUGCCGCCGUAGACCUGUCCCUCACCCGAGGCCCAAGCGGACAGGGGGGUACUUUGACGAUCAAUCACCACGAUACGUCAAUCAAGGUGCCAGAUAUCCGGUGCACUCUCAUCCCGCGAGACCUCACCCUCUGCUACAGCUCCGAGGAGCGUAUCAGGGGCAACCAGGACAAGAUCAGAGCCCAGCUCUCUGGUCGCCUCGUUCCCGGAAGCGGCCGCAGUUUUUAUACCUCCAACCUCGUUCAUUACCUGCAGCAGACCACCCUAACGAGUUUGUUCAGCUCAAUCGCAUCGUGAACAGCAUCUUCCCAGGGAUUGGAAACUUGCACACGCAAACCUUUGAUCGCGGAUCCAAGAUCAAGUGCACCAUCGGACCCGACAACGAGACAGGCCUCGUCUGGCACGCUUACGGAAGCGGUGUCAGUUACGCCGUCUGUCUGUUCGCAACGAUCAUAUAUGAUCAAGUCGAAUGCGUCAAGUCGGUCCAAGACUUG